AUGGCUCUCCAUCCCUUCAUGCCAAUGUCUCGGCGGCAGCAGCAGCAGCAGCUCCUGGUGCUGCUGCUGUUGCUGCUGCUGCUGCUUCCUGCUGCUGCAGCAAGGCGGGGACAGGGCUGCGCAGGGGGCCCCCAGCUUUGCUUCCUAAGCAGCAACCUGCUGCUGCUGGGGGCCCCCAUGGGGGCCCCCAUGGGGGGCCCCCGGGGGGCCCCCCACCCCCACUGGGGGGCCCCCAUUCGACAGUGUGAAUUCGAUAGAGGGUCCAGCAGCAGCAGCAGCAGCAGCAGCAGCAGCAGCAGCAAACUGCUGCAUGCAGCAGCAGGAACCCCGGAAGGAGAUGUAGGUCCGUUGGAUGGAGGAGAGGCCAGCAGCAGCAGCAGCGGCUGCAACAGCAGCAGCUGCAGCAGCAGCAACGGCAGCAGCAGCAACUGCAGCAGCAACGGCAACAGCAGUGCACAGCCCCAAACAGAGUUGGAAGCUCCUCAGCAGCAGCAGCAGCAGCAGCAGCAGCAGCCGUCGGAGUCUGCUGAAGUGCCCUCAGAGCAGCAGCAAGACGCAGCAGCAGCAGCAGCAGCAGCAGCAGCAGCAGAAAGCGCUGCUGCUGACUACGACCCGAUAGCAGCAAAAGAAGCUGCGUCUCUGGAAGCAGCAGCAGCAGCAGCAGGUGUCUCCUUGUCUGCUGUCCAUUCGCUGCUGCAGCUUCACCGCCUUUCCUUUUCCACCUUUCUGACCCCAAAGAGCAGCAGCAGCAGCAGCAGCAGCAGCAGCAGCAGCAGCAGCAGCAGCAGCAGCAGCAGCAGCAGCAGCAGCAGCAGCGGCGAGGAGCCCUCGCUGCUGUCGCUGUGCGUGCCUUCUGCUGCUGAGUUCAUGAAGGGCCAGGCGCUGCUGCAGCCUGCUGCUUGUGCUGCAGCAGCAAAUUAUCAGCAGCAGCAGCAAAAAAGAAAAAGAGACAGAGAGAGACACAUGCAGUGGCGUCGUGCUGCUGCUGCUGCGCUGCAGCAGCGGCUGCGGGUUUCGAUGGCAGCUUUUGCUGCUGAGGAAGACCGCUUUGCGCCGUACGACCCCGUUGCUGCUGCUGCAGCAGCGAGGCAGCAGCAGCAGCAGCAGCAGCAGCAGCAGCGGCUGCUGCUGCGGAAGCAAAAAAUGUGGUGGAUCCCCACCAGAACUAUUAAGGCCAGAAGGGCGAGGCGAGCAGCAGCAAAGCGGCUGAAGCAGAAGCUGCUGCUGCAGCAGGCAGCAGCAGCACGCAGGCUCCGCAAGCAGCAGCAGCAGCAGCAGGGAGAGGACCCAGCAGCAGCAGCAGCAGCAGCAGCAGCAAUGCGCGCAGAGGACCUGACGCAGCAGCAAAAGGAAGCAAUUAUUAUGCAGCGGCUGCAGCACCAAAGGGCUGUAUUGGGCCUGAGGCCCCUGGGGGCCCCCGGGGGGCCCCCCGGAACCCCAGCAGCAGCAGCAGCAGCAGCAGCAGCAGCAGCAGCAGAAGCAGCAGCAGCAGACUUUUACGUCAAAGAGUCCGUGCGCAUUGCUGACGCCUUUCACAAAAUCACAGAUGACAUGGAGCGCGCGAGCGUCGCUGUGUACGGAGAGCUGCUGGCAAUUGAAGAAGACAAAAGUUUGUCUUUUGAAGAAAAAGAAAAAAAGUCUUUAAAGCCUCGCCAAAGACUUCGGCAGCUGCAGCAGCCCUUCGUGCUGCAGCAGCUGCCCCUCCUCUACCGCGCGCACCUCCUCAUGGGCCUGCCGGGGCCUCCUUCCUACACACACCUAAACCCUUUGCUGCCAGCAGACGCCCAAGACCCCCCUGAGGCCCCGGGGCCCUUUGUGGGGCCCCCGAGGCCCCUUAGUUGCUGCUGGAAGUCUCCAGUGGCUGAUUUCCCAGUAGUUCCCUUUUACUCAAACCCUCAGCAGCAGCAGCAGCAGCAGCAGCAGCAGCAGCAGCUGCAGCAGGUGCCGUUUGUGCGGGGCCACCGACCCCCGCUGCAGGCCCCGAAGCCGUCGGACCUGCCGCGGUCGCGCUGCGGAGCUGCAGCAGCAGCAGCAGCAGCAGCAGCAGCAAGCAUUGCAGCGCAGCAGCACCUCCCGCCCCCUCCCCCAGAGCUGCCGCAGCAGCAGCAGCCCACUGAGGCCAUUGUGUGGGACAUGCGCGUCAGAAAGUGGUGGCGGGGGGCCUUUUACAGGCAGCAGCACCGGCAGCUGCAGCAGCAAGAGCAGCAGCAGCAGCAGCCAGAGCAGCAGCAGCAGCAGCAGCAGCAAGAGCAGCAGCAGCAGCGGCAAGAGCAGCAGCAGCAGCAAGAGCAGCAGCAGCAGCAAGAGCAGCAGCAGCAGCAAGAACAGCAGCAACAGUCAACGAGCAGCAGCAACGCCGACGCCUCCGACAGCAGCGAGAGCAGCAGCAGCAGCAGCAGCAGCAGCAGCGGCAGCAGCAGCAGCAAGGAGACGCAAGGGGAGGAAGGGUGUGGGGCCCCACAGUCUUUAGCCGAGCAGCAGCAGAUUAUUUACGGCCGCAAAAUCGCCAAGGCAAUAAACUCUAACGAAGGCGCAACACACGAGUGGAAGUUCACGCAGCUGGGCGCGGGGCGGCGAGUGGGCGAGUUUGUCUUUGGACCUGACAAGUUGCUGCCAGCAAAACAAAAAAGCAAAAGAAGACUCGGAAGAGGAGACGGCAGCAGCAAAGGGGGUUCUGCGGGCCGCGGCUGCAAGGGGCAGAAGGCGCGCAGCGGCAGCAGCAAAAGGAUCGGGUUCGAGGGAGGGCAAAUGCCGCUGUACCGGCGGCUGCCGAAGUUUGUGGGGCGGCAGCUGGGCCCUGGACAUCAGCAGCAAUACAGGCAGCAGCAGCAGCAGCUGCUGCCGCUGCAUAAGUUGAAUUGCUGCAGCGAAGGAGAAACUGUUGACUGGCAGCAGCUGCUGCUCAAGGGGGUUUUCCUUGGCAAAUACAAAAGGGAUUGCCCUGUGAAGGUUGUGGGGCCCCCCUUGAGCCGCAAACGGCUCGGGCCAGAUGGAGAUGGGACCCUAAAGGUCAGAAAUCUGACAGUCAAAGCGCAUGCAUUCACUCGCCCUGCAGCACGGGCCAUAAUUCGAAUGGGCGGCCGCUGUCUGCUGCUGCAGCCGAAGACCCACGACAGAGUGGUGGCUGUGUUUGACCCUGACAGCCCUGCGCCUCGUGUGUCUGCUGCUGCUGCUGCUGCUGCUGCUGAGGCUGCUGCUGCUGCUGCUGGCCCUGCUGCUGCUGCUGCGGAGGGCGCAGCAGCAGCAGCAGAAGACGGCGAGGCCCACGUGUACAAACUGCAGCGUGCUGCUGGCAUGUCGCUGCAGCAGAUCUUGAUGCUGCGGCGGCGCGCGCUGUACCUGCAGCUGCAGCGGCUGCAGCAGCGGCUGCUGCAGUGCAGCAGCAAGUUGCUGCUGAGCCCCCAAAAGGGAAAAUACCAAAGACGCAAAGACAACUUAGCAGCAAGAGUUGAGAAGCUGCAGCAGGACCUCAAGGAGGUUGAGGCGGACUUGCAGGCCGCAGUGGACACCAGGCUCGUGCCCUCUGGCGAGCAGCAGCAGCAGCAGCAGCAGCAGCAGCAACAGCAGCAGCAGCAGCAGCAGCAGCAGUGGGAAGAUGGGGGGCCCCCGCUGCCGACGCUGCGGAAAAUCCCUCGCCGUAUUGUGCAUGAUGGCCGUUUGCCUAAGAAGCAAAGAGACUUCAUCAGGUCAGCAGCUGCAGCAGCAGAAGCUGCAGCAGCAGCAGCUGCUGCACAAGCAGCAGCAGCAGCAGCAGCUGCACAAGCAGCAGCAGUUGCAGCAGCAGCAGCACUAACUGCAGCAAAUGGGGGUAUAGGCAUAGGAAGUUGGGAUGUAUAG